AUGUGGCGUAGUAAUAGACCGUGCUGUGUACGCCGUCGGCGACUUGGCCUACGCUUAAGAACGAAUAGAACUAAUACUAUUCAGACAUCACUAAGUUCUGAUCCAACGCUAUAUAGGCCGUCGUCAUCGUCUCAAAGUGUCCAUCUUCACACUCUACUACAUGAUACCUCCAACACUGGAACCACCAGGCGCCUUGAAACUGGGAAACUAGAACCACCUCUUCCUUCUGUUAGUUUGGCCUCUUAUAACUCUCCAUCUACCACUGCCGCCAUUGUAGUAUCCAGCCCAAGAGUCAGUCUGUCCACCUCUCCUACUGCUUUGUAUUCAUCUAACAGUUUAGCUAAGCUCGGUCUUCGUCGAUCCAGCCGUCUUAUGCUUCGACAUACUUCUACAACUGUCCCGAAUGAAGCCACUGCAAAAGCUAUUUCUCAUAAUACUUCUACUAUUAUUGCUAGUAACUCUGUUUCCUCCUCUUCUACUUCCCUUAAUACUUCUGGCAUCGCCUAUACUCCUUCCUUUUUACCUACUAUGUCAGUAUCUACCCAUGCGCAAUUUGGCCUCUCUUGCGCUAGUACCUCGAUUCUUCCAUAUCCGAAUAUUUUGCCACCCGACAAAAUUGAAGUCUCGUCGAUUACUGGACACCAGCCAGUUCUCAUCAGACAACUAGCGAAGCCAGCUUCGAACAAAUUUCCAAAAUUAGCAGAAGCGAUGCAGAUUUCUGAUUUGCCUUCAAAAAAGAAGCAGCGUCGCCCGAGAAGCAGAAUCAGAGGACGCGAACUUCUUUCAUCUGGUAAGAACUGCUUCACUUCUCCCUCUCAGAAGCAGACGUUCGCCGCAAGCAAGCAAUCCCAAAUAGAGCACAACGACCAACCUGAUAACGAUUGUAAGGAAUUUUCUGAUCUCUCUAUGACUGAAACUCAUCCACCACUUUAUUUACAACGAAGUCCUCUCCCGGAAUCAUUUUUAGAAUCAAAUUUAAUUCCGCCUCUUCCCAGUUCUAAUAUCAAUGCCUCAUGCAGUAACAUGGCCAACUCCAUAAUACCAGAUUCAGAACCAACCAUCCCUGACGGUAAUUAUUUGUCCAAAAAUGUGCCUACUUUAUCAUUGGUUCAAUUGUCACAACUUCCACAUGCAGGAAACCUUGGAACUCAAUCUUCUUCUACUCGCAAGACUCUCAACAGCACUCCCUUUUCUGAACCUACAGUUACUAUUUUUUCUUCUAGCAUCUCCAUAUCCACACCUAUAACCAAGCAGACUGGAGAAAGAGCUGAGCCUAACAGCAGCACUUCUCACGCUUUAUCACACACAGUCUCUUCUCCGAUUCUCACGUCGAAUUCGGCCUCUAUAAUUGGUUGUAGGGAGUUUCAGACUUCAGUGGAUCCAAAGCUUCAUCCACUUUUUUCUAAUGAACCGCUUGUCACGCCUACCCAGCUGCGAUAUUCCCCACGAGAAGAAUUUCAAGAUUUAUUGACUCCCUUACCUCUACCGUCCACAAGCCCCACACGUCCGCCAACUCCGAGUACACAGCUCGACUUUUCGCUAACUUGUGGUUAUGCGGAUGAUUUUUUUGGAAGCCAGACAUCAGAAUCAUCUAGCUUCGCGUUUACUCAAUGCUCGGAUCACUUUAUUUCACCGCAUCCCAGCAAACUAGUUACUCACUCGGCUGAGGUAGCCUGGCGGCCUUGUUCAGAUGCUCCAUCCAGACAGGAAGUAGGGAGGUGCCUGAAACAGUCAAGUGUCAUUACUCAGAAAGUGAAG